UCUUUACCGAUUUUGGAUUUUUUGUUGUUGAAAGAUUCAGUAUUAAAUUUUAAAGAGAUUUAUUUAGUCCAAUUAAAAAAACACCAUAUUUAAUAUAAAAAAAAAACGAAAGAAAAAUAUGCUUAAAAUAAAAUUAUAUUGUAACGAAAAACGAUUAUCUAGAUUUAAUAUUUUGUGGUAUGCAAAGUAAGUGCAAUUUAUUAUAAACUAGAUAAAAGACAAAGAAAAUAACUCCCAGGAUAACAUGCAUGCAUGCAUGGUCUGCCGCCACAACUAACUGUAUCAAAUACCAAUGGAUCAAAAGUCUCAAAAAGUGGAAAGAGUCACAUAUUUCGAAGUCAGCUUAAGUCAAGGUCUUCAGCGUUUCUUGAUGCCCCCAUAUAAACUUUCACCGAAAAUGGCAAAGUGUGGACAUUUUGGAAGAUGGACCAGUUGCGCAUCAAAGUGUCCACCGAAAUGUAGCACUCGAGACAUACAGGAUCAGAUUUAUUGCAUUGAUUUAUGUGUGGAAGGAUGUAGAUGUAAUCCCGGAUAUAUCCUAGAUGAUGAUUCCGGUUUAUGCGUUUUACCCGAAAGCUGCAAACGUCCUGAGGAAUAUAAAAAGAAACCAACAGAAGAAGUGACGUCACAUUGUUCUGGAUAUUGUACAUAAAAAUGAAACUUGAAUUAUUUUCUCGAUUUUCUCUUUGAAUUUGUAUUCAGUAUUACAAUAAAAACGUACAAAUGAGACU